AUGUCUCUACUUACCAGUUAUGAGGGGCUUCGGCAUCAGAUCGAGAGGCUGGUACGGGAAAAUGAGGAACUGAAGAAGCUGGUGCGGCUCAUUCGGGAGAAUCACGAGCUCAAGUCAGCGAUCAAGACGCAGGCGGGUGGCCUGUGCAUCAGCGGGCUCACCAGCGGGCUCGGCGAGGCGGCAACCGGCCCUUCUCAACACCAGAAUAACUGUGUCUUCCUGUCCCCGUCCCCGGCAGCAGCAAACGAGCCUGUCCUGGAAGAAGUGGGGAUUGUGACUCUGGCACCCCUGACCGACAUGCUAAAGAGCCCGCAGCCCAGCCCCGCGGCAGGCUCCAUCGUGAGCCCUCUGACGGGCCCUCUCAGCACGCUGCUGCCCUCCCCAGGGACCAUGUCGCAGAACAGCCAACUCGCCAGCCUCCUGACCGGCCCCAUGGCAGUGCCCACGGCAGGCACACUGACCAGCUCCCUGGGCCUGCCCUCAACCGGCCCCCUGACUCCAAGCAGCCACCUGACCGGCCCCAUGGCAGUGCCCACGAGCAGCCCCCUGAUGGCCCCUGUGACAGGCACGAUGGCUGUCUCUCUGAGCAGCCCCCUGCUGACCUCCACGGCUGCCCCUCUAGGUGUCCCUCAGAACCUUCUGGCCAACCCCAUGAGCAAUCUGGUGCUAUCGGAGGCCUCAAGGGUGCGGCUGGCAGAGCCACUCCGCGGAUGCCCCUCUGGACCCCAUCCCUCAGCUGGCACAGGGCCUGCUGCCACCUCCAAAGUCCCACUCUCCACCGAGCACCCCCGGCCGACCCAGGACCCGGAGCCCCUCAGCAUGACAUUCGUGGGUGCGCCCAUCCAGACCUCCACCCCCGUGGGCACCGCGGGCACGCCCAGCCCCAUGACGGCCUUCUCCUACAGCACCGCAGACCCCCGGACCCAGCCUGGUGCCGCCCAGGCACAAGUGGUUCCAGCCUCGGUUCCAGCCUCUGUCCCCGCCUCCUCAGCUGCCCCCGCCACCGUUGCAGCCCUCCCCUCUGCCCCCACUCCUGCCCCCCAGGCUGCCACCAACCACACCGCCUCGAGUGCCUCCCACACCACCCAGUGCACCCCCCACUCCCCCAUCCGGGCACAUCACUCCCCCACCCGGCCCUCGCCCACCUCCCACUCCCCCCCGCGCAAUCCCUACUCCCCGCCUCGAACCUCCUCCUCCCCGGCUUCCGUCAACGACCCGCGGGGCCCCCGCGGUGUCGCAGAACCGACUCGGAAAACCAUGCCGGAUUUGGAGCGGAAGCUGGCCCACCGCAAGAGCAGCAAGUUAACUGACUGCCCUCGAGAGCCGAAGCAGCUGGCCUGGGAGCGGCUGGUGGGGGAGAUCGCCUUCCAGCUGGACCGCAGAAUCCUGUCCAGCAUCUUCCCUGAGCGCGUGCGCCUCUAUGGCUUCACCGUCUCCAACAUCCCUGAAAAGAUCAUCCAGGCCUCCCUGAACCCCAACGACCACAAGCUGGAUGAAGAGCUGUGCCAGACGCUCACACAGCGCUACGUGAGCAUCAUGAACCGGCUGCAGAGCCUGGGCUACAACGGGAGGGUGCACCCGGCACUGACCGAGCAGCUGGUGAACGCCUACGGCAUCCUGCGGGAGCGGCCCGAGCUGGCCGCGUCUGAGGGUGGCUCCUACACCGUAGAGUUCUUGCAGCACGUGCUGGUGGAGACCGUGCACCCCAACAUGCUCACCGACGCACUGCUGCUGCUCUCCUGCCUCAGCCAGUUGGCCCAUGACGACGGCAAGCCCAUGUUCAUCUGGUGAUGCUGUCCCCACCAGCCCCGGCUGGC